GAUUUGCACUAUGGCAGGGAUUUGUGGGGAGCAAGACUGUGCAUCGGGCACAAGAGUGUAGGUGGUUAUGGGGGAAAAGCUCUGCAACACAGAAGAAGGCAGAGACAUAGAGGAGCACUUGUCAUCCGUGCAGCAGUGUUUGACCAGCUCACCGCAGGGUUAGAGCAAGCAUGGGUGAAAGUUAGGAAAGAAGGGCGACAUCCCGAUAGCCGGGUGGAUGGACGAGUUGUAGGCCAAUUUGACAUCCGGCAGCCGCUCAACCCAAUCCUUCUGGUCGGGGCGGAUGAGAGUGCGAAGGAGCACUUGUGCGGGGUUUGAUGCGCCCUCUCCGUUUGGCCAUCGGUUUGGGGGUGGCGAGCCAAACUUGGCUUGAGAGAUGAGCCCCAUCUUUUGAUGAGCGCCAACCAAAAAU